ACGGAGAAGAAUUUUGAAACAAAGGAUUUUCGAGCCUCUUUAGAAAAUGGCGUUCUGCUGUGUGAUUUGAUUAAUAAGCUUAAACCUGGCAUCAUUAAGAAGAUCAAUAGACUGUCCACACCCAUAGCAGGCCUGGAUAAUAUAAACGUUUUUUUGAAAGCUUGUGAACAGAUUGGAUUGAAAGAAGCCCAGCUUUUCCAUCCUGGGGAUCUACAGGAUUUAUCAAAUCGAGUCACUGUCAAGCAAGAAGAGACUGACAGGAGAGUGAAAAAUGUUCUGAUAACGUUGUACUGGCUGGGAAGAAAAGCACAAAGUAACCCCUAUUAUAAUGGUCCCUCUCUUAAUUUGAAAGCAUUCGAGAAUCUUUUAGGACAAGCUCUGACUAAGGCACUUGAAGAUUUCGGCUGCCUGAAAAGAAGUGGCAGGGACAGUGGCUACAGUGAUAUCUGGUGUCCUGACCGUGGAGAAUUUCCUGCUUCUUCAAGCCACUACAAGAGAGAAGAUUCCUUUGAAAGCUUGGAUUCUUUUGGCUCUAGGUCAUUGACUAGCUGCUCCUCUGAUAUCACAUUGAGAGGGGGACGUGAAGGUUGUGAAAGUGACACAGAUUCUGAAUUUACGUCCAAGAUGCAGGAUUACAAUAAAGAUGACAUGUCCUAUCGGAGGAUUUCGGCUGUUGAACCCAAGUCUGCUUUACCAUUCAAUCGCUUUUUACCCAACAAAAGUAGACAGCCAUCCUAUGUGCCAGCGCCUCUGAGGAAGAAAAAGCCGGACAAAAAUGAGGAUAACAGAAGAAGCUGGGCAAGCCCAGUGUAUACAGAAGCAGAUGGAACAUUUUCAAGUAGCCAGAGGAGGACUUGGGGCACCCAUGUGGAGAACUGGCCAACAGUAAAAGAACCUUCAAACUCCUCUUGUUAUUUGGAAGGGGAAGAAGAAAAGACAUCAAGCAUACCCAACACUGUUAAGGAUGAUUUUUAUGUGCGCAAGCUAAGCCCAAUCAUGCCAAACCCUGGGAAUUCUUUUGAUCAGUUUCUUCCCAAAUGUUGGACCUCAGAAGAUGUGAACUGGAAAAGAAUAAAAAGGGAAACUUAUAAACCUUGGUAUAAAGAAUUUCAGGGAUUCAGUCAGUUUUUAUUACUUCAGGCCCUCCAAACAUACUCUGAUGACAUCUUGACUUCUGAAACAAAUAUAAAAAUUGAUCCCACUUCUGGCCCAAGGCUCAUAACACGCAAGAGGAAUCGCUCUCAUGCACCAGGCUAUAGAAGAGAUGACCUCGAGAUGUCAGUCCUGGAUCCUGACUUAGAGAACGAUGAUUUCUUUGUCAGAAAGACUGGGGCUUUCCACGCAAAUCCAUAUGUACUCCAGGCUUUUGAAGACUUUAGAAGGUUCUCUGAGCAUGAUGAUUCCGUAGAGCGAGAUAUAAUUUUGCAAUGUAGAGAAGGUGAACUUAUACUUCCGGAUUUGGAGAAAGAUGAUAUGAUUGUUCGUCGAAUUCCAGCACAGAAGAAAGAAGUGCCCCUGUCUGGGGCUCCAGAUAAAUACCAACCAGUCCCUUUCCCUGAACCCUGGACUCUUCCUCCAGAAAUUCAAGCAAAAUUUCUCUGUGUACUUGAAAGGACAUGCCCAUCCAAAGAAAAAAGUAAUAGCUGUAGAAUACUAGUUCCUUCAUAUCGGCAGAAGAAAGAUGACAUGUUGACUCGUAAGAUCCAGUCUUGGAAACUGGGAACCACUGUGCCUCCGAUCAGUUUUACCCCUGGCCCCUGCAGUGAAGCUGACUUACAGAAAUGGGAGGCCAUCCGGGAGGCCAGCAGACUUAGGCAUAAAAAACGGCUGAUGGUUGAGAGACUCUUUGAAAAGAUUUAUGGUGAGAAUGGGAGUAAGUCCUUGAGUGAUGUCAAUGCAGAGGAUGUUCAAAAUUUGCGUCAGCUACGUUACGAAGAGAUGCAGAAAAUAAAAUCACAAUUAAAAGAACAAGAUCAGAAAUGGCAGGAUGACCUUGCAAAAUGGAAAGAUCGUCGAAAAAGUCACACUUCAGAUCUACAGAAGAAAAAAGAAGAGAGGGAAGAAAUUGAAAAGCAGGCACUUGAAAAGUCUGAGAGAAGCUCUAAGACAUUUAAAGAAAUGCUGCAGGACAGGGAGUCCCAAAAUCAAAAGUCUACAGUUACAUCAAGGAGGAGAAUAUAUUCUUCUGAUGAUGUGUUGAGUGAAGAAAGGCUGCCCCCCACACUGACUAUGUCAGAAACCAGUUGCCAGAGUCAGAGAGGAGAAGAAAAGGGAACAACUUAUCUUACAGAAAUUUUUAAAGAAGAUUCUACAACUUCUGCAAGAAGAGAGGACAAUAUAACAGCUGAAAUUCAGUUUCCUUCUAAAAGCCCCAUGGAAGAACAGCGUCCAACCUCUUUGUCUUCUCAGCAUUCACUGAAUACACAAAUGGAGUUGACUCGUGUUUCAGCUUCUCUCCCCAGAAGUUACCAGAAAACUGAUACAGCUAGGUUAACAUCUGUGGUCACACCAAGACCUUUUGGCUCUCAGUCAAGAGGAAUCUCAUCACUCCCCAGAUCCUACACGAUGGAUGAUUCUUGGAAGUAUAAUGGAGAUGCUGAAGGCAUUAAGAGAACUCAGAGCAAUUUGGUCAGCAGUCCUGCACAAAACCCAGAUGCAGGCCACCUUGCUCUGGUCUCAUCUGGCCAGAGAGAGGCAGCAGCAACAGCAGAGGGUGUGAUGGAAUUGCUCUCUCUUGCACCCCCCUUCUCAUCUCCUUCCCAAGACCAGGCUGCCACUUCUAAAGCCACACUGUCUUCCACAUCUGGCCCUGAUUUGCUGUCUGAAUCUGGAGCAGGGGAAAACUCAACCCAAGAAGAGGUCUUAAGGUCCCAGGAUCAGUUCAGUGAUAUGAGAAUCAGCAUAAACCAGACGCCUGGGAACGGCCUUGACUUUGGGUUUACAAUAAAAUGGGAUUUUUCUGGGAUCUUCGUAGCAUCAGUUGAAGCAGGUGGCCCGGCAGAAUUUUCUCAGCUACAAGUAGAUGAUGAAAUUAUUGCUGUUAACAACACCAAGUUUUCGUAUAAGGAUACAAAAGAGUGGGAGGAAGCCAUGGCUAAGACUCAAGAAACUGGAAACCUAGUGCUGGACGUGAGACGCUAUGGAAAGGCUGGUUCACCUGAAACAAAGUGGAUUGAUGCAACUUCUGGAAUUUAUACAUCAGACAAAUCAUCAAGUUUAUCUGUAACAACUGAUUUCUCCGAAAGCCUUCAAAGUCCUAAUACUGAAUCCAAAGAAAUCAAUGGAAUUCAUGAUGAAAGCAACACUUUUGAAUCAAAAGCAUCUGAACCCAUUUCUUUGAAAAACUUAAAAAGACGAUCACAAUUUUUUGAACAAGGAAGCUCCGACUCUGUGGUUCCUGAUCUUCCAGUUCCAACCCUCAGUGCCCCGAGUCGCUGGGCGUGGGAUCAAGAGGAGGAGCGAAGGCGGCAGGAGAGGUGGCAGAAGGAGCAGGACCGCCUGCUGCAGGAGAAAUAUCAACGUGAGCAGGAGAAACUGAGGGAAGAGUGGCAAAGGGCCCAACAGGAGGCUGAGAGAGAGAAUUCCAAGUACUUGGAUGAGGAACUGAUGGUCCUAAACUCAAACAGUGUUUCUCUGACCACACGGGAGCCUGCUGUUGCCACCUGGGAAACAUCCUGGAGUGAAGGGUCCAAGUCUUCUGACAGGGAAGGAACCCGAGCAGGAGAAGAGGAGAGGAGACCCCAGCAAGAAGAAGUUGUUCAUGAGGACCAAAGAAAGACACUGCAGGAGGAACUCGUUGAGAGAGAGAGGAAACUGAGGGAGCAACAGUUUCAGGAAGAGCAGGAGCAGAAGCAGUUUCGCUCUGAGGCCGAGGAACAGAAGCAGCUUCAGGACGAGACCGAGGAGCAGAGGAGGCUUCAGGCCGAGGCUGAGGAGCAGAAGCGCCGUGCAGAGGAGAAGAAGCAUCAGGCUGAGAGAGAGAGAGAAACCUCUGUCAAAUUCUACCAGUAUAGGAGGCCUAUUGAUUCCUAUGAUACACCAAAGAGAGAGGAAGAAUCUUCAGGUUUGCUUCCUAGUGACAGGAAUAAAUCCAUAUCUACUACUGAACUGGAUAACUGCCCUACAAAUAAAAAUGGUAACAGAAAAUACUUAGACCAAAUUGGAAGCACUGCCUCUUCACCGAGGAGCUCCAAGAAGGAACAAGUACCAUCAGAAGCAGAGUUGGAGAGACAGCAAAUCCUUCUGGAAAUGAGGAAGAGAACAUCCCUUCACAAUGACAACAGCUGGAUCCGACAGCGCAGUUCCAGUGUCAAUAAAGAGCCUAUUUGUCUACCUGGGAUCAUGAGAAGAGGUGAAUCUUUAGAUAACCUGGACUCCCCACGAUCCAGUUCUUGGAGACAGUCCCCUUGGCUCAAUCAGCCUACAGGUUUCUAUGCUUCUUCCUCCGUUCAAGACUUCAGUCGCCCACCACCUCAGCUGGUGUCCACGUCAAACCGUGCCUACAUGCGGAACCCCUCCUCCAGUGUGCCCCAGCCUUCAGCUGGCCCUGUGAAGACAGCUGCCACAGGUGUGACCACUGCACGGUCCCCCACCCCGAGAAGCCAUUCCCCUUCUGCUUCACAGUCAGGCUCUCAGCUACGCAACAGGUCAGUCAGUGGGAAGCGCAUGUGCUCCUACUGUAAUAACAUUCUGGGCAAAGGAGCUGCCAUGGUCAUCGAGUCCCUGGGUCUUUGUUAUCAUUUACAUUGUUUUAAGUGUGUGGCCUGUGAGUGUGACCUCGGAGGCUCCUCCUCAGGAGCCGAAGUCAGGAUCAGAAACCACCAACUGUACUGCAACGACUGCUAUCUCAGAUUCAAAUCUGGACGGCCAACCGCCAUGUGAUGUAAACCUCCAUGCGAAAGCACUGUUGCAGAUAGAAGAAGAGGUGGUUGCUGCUGAUGUAGAUCUAUAAAUAUGUGUUGUAUGUCUUUUUUGCUCUUUUAUAAAGAAAUAACCUUUUUUUUUUUGCCUCUUUAGAUUACAUAGGAAUAGUCUUGGUAGAACCUGUAUUUUUGUUGUGUAUUUAUGAGAAGGUAAUUAUGUAUGGGGAGAAGUGCAGUAUUUACUUCAGCAUCUUAAAAGCACAAGGAAAAAACAAGAACUUAUUAAAUAUGUUUGAGGCUGAAAAUAAUCUAGUUUGACUUUCCAGUGGUGUUUUGAAGACAAUAUUUUAUUGUUUUUUUAAAUUAAACAUUAUUGAAAUAGUUAAUAUAAAUAUGUAAUUGCAUUUGCUCUGUUUAUUGUAAUGUAUACUAAAUUAAUGCAGAACCAUAUGGAAAAUUUCAUUCAAAUUCAUCCCCAUAUUUGCUUUCUGUAUCCUUCUUUCUGCCUAUGGAAUACAAUUUAAAAAUUCAGUUUAUGAAACAUUGUAUUUGCUUGAUAAAGGGGCUCUAUUUUCUUUAUCAGAAUUGUUGUGAAGCAAUUUUCAAUAGAAAGCUGCUUAUUUUCAUUAAUGAAAAAUAAUCAUGGUUUGUAUACCUGAAGUUUUCUCUAGAAACUAGUGAGUCAUUCUGUUCAUUUGCAUUUGUAAAUAAACUUGCUGAUGCAUUUAA